ACGUUCGUUCCAACCAUACUGAUAGAAAUGGAUUAGUUUGGUAAAAACAUCCAGAUUUGUAGUAAAAUCAAACAUCAAAACCCUUAAUGGCAAACGCCUAAUUCAUGUCGCAAAUUAAUCAUUAUCUGAUGUCAAAUCUGCAUCAGUAAUGUAAUAACUAAAAAAAAAAAAAUUUAAUUUAGUUCAGUUAUUAUACUUUGUUCAUAUUCAGUUUCGUAAAAUUUUUAAAAAAAAUAGAAAAAUCAACAGGAAAAUGAGCGGCACUGAGGACCGUCCUUUUGUCAUUCUGUGGGUAUCUUUUUCACUUCUGUUUUGCUUUUUAUCUCUUGUCUCCUAUUUUGAGCCGACUUGGAUCGCAACUAGAGCUGUUCACGCCGACGACAACCGACCAAUCACAGUCGAUAGAGUGGCCACCUUUGGAGUCAAUAAGAAGUGCUCCGAUAUCUUCGCUUCCAUUUAUGGUCAUUCUGAAUCCUGCUUCGGCUCAAUUGAAGUUCCAGACGAAGACGAAGAGAUCAACCAGUUCUUCUUUUGGUCAACUGUCUUCGCAGCUGCCUCUGUGCUUAGUGUAGUCCCUAUCUUGGCAUUGAUUAUUCUGAGAGUGUGUUGUGUUCAAUCUAGGUGGUUGUUCAUACCAGUCAGCAUAGCCCAUCUGCUAUCAGCUCUAUGUUUCGCUGCAACUGUCGUCCUGUACAUGGUCGGCUAUACGAAAGGACGAGACGAGCUACCCGACAAGCACUAUUCCUUAUUCGGCUACUGCAGCACCCUCGAGGAAUUCCCUUUUCGGGAGGAAAACGACCCCGAGAAGUACCGAUGCAGUGUGUCGUGGGGAUUCGUACUGGAGUCGUUCCUCUGUCUCGGAAAUUUGGGACUCUCUGUGCUUGCUUUGAUCAAUGCAGUCAAAGGACCAAAAAAUAGAGAAGCAAUUGGCAAGAAAAAAAUCAGCACCGAUAAAAUGAAUUUUUCUUCCCUCUCAUCUGGUUUCAACGGCAAAUCUCUUUCCCUUGACCGAGACCUAGUCACGAUGACCAAGCCCAAAAGACAGUGGAAAACACCCUCCCUGAACUUUGGGAAACUCAAACGAGGCAACAGCCUUUCCCUGAAACCACCUGAAGUUACCAACAAGCGGAAAAACAAAACCGGCGCGAAUCUGUCAGAAGUACUUGAAAUUCCAGAACUUUCCGGAUUCGGUGUUUCAAACGUCAGCGGAAAGUUCCGAUCCAAGACUCGCAGUCCUCUCGUGUCUGUUUCUCAGGAUUUCGAUGAUGCUCUGCGGGAAACGAAUGAACAAACUGAGAAUUACGUAAUUGACACCGGGACGUUGAAGAGAGAGUUGGAACGUGAAGUUGAGAAACCAGAGCAAUAUCGGCAUACCAACGUUCAAAUCGAAGAAUUUUAAUUUUGAUAGUUUCACGAACUAG